AUGCCAAUCGCCGUAGACACUGCGAAGACGGUGUCGAAGAAGAGGAAGAGGAAGCAUGGCGGCGGCAGUGGAGGUGCAUCGGCAGCAACAACGCAAGAUGGCGAUACCUCGAAAGCGACCGUCGAAGAGGACCCUUCUUCGACGGUGGAUACCGCCGCGGCAGUGAAACCUUCGAAAAAGCGCAAGACCAGCCAUUCUGACAGCGAAGACGAGAGCGAGAGUGCCGAGGAAGUGACUGCACCUGUUAGUGAUGAAGAAAGCUCUGGAGAAGAUGACGACGAGAAGGAUGAGGAGGAGGUUGAUGAGGAGAGCGACGAGGAGGAUGACGACGAAGACGACGAAGAAGAUGACGAGGAGGACGACGAGAAGGAUGAUGAGGAGCAAGAUGGAGAGGAAUCAGAGGAAUCAAGCGAAGAUGGCGACAAGGAGGACAAAUCCAAAGAUGAUGGCGCGGAUCUUCCCUCCAGAACCGCUGUCAGUCUACCACAGACUGAAGGCGAUCCAGAAAAGUUUUCAGACCUCAAUCUUUCCGAGAAGACGAUGAAAGCGAUCCAGGGCAUGGGCUUUGAGACCAUGACUGAGAUUCAGCGGCGAGGAAUUCCUCCACUGAUGGCAGGCAGGGACGUUCUUGGUGCCGCAAAGACAGGUUCAGGGAAGACGCUAGCAUUCUUAAUUCCUGCUGUGGAGAUGCUCAGUGCUUUGCGGUUCAAGCCACGAAACGGCACGGGUGUCAUUGUCGUAUCUCCUACUCGCGAACUUGCACUCCAGAUCUUCGGUGUUGCUAGAGAACUUAUGGCACACCACUCGCAGACUUACGGUAUUGUCAUCGGAGGUGCAAACCGCAGGGCUGAAGCGGAGAAGCUUUCGAAAGGUGUCAAUCUGCUCAUUGCUACUCCGGGUCGUCUUCUGGAUCACCUGCAAAAUACCCAGGGAUUCGUGUUUAAGAACCUGAAAGCGCUCGUGAUCGACGAGGCGGAUCGGAUCCUGGAAGUUGGUUUCGAGGACGAAAUGCGACAGAUCGUCAAGAUCCUACCUAAUGAGGACCGACAGACGAUGCUCUUCUCGGCUACACAGACCACCAAGGUCGAGGACCUGGCCCGAAUUUCUCUUCGGCCAGGGCCGCUUUACAUCAAUGUGGAUCACCGUAAGGAGCAUAGCACCGUCGAUGGCUUGGAGCAGGGCUACGUCAUCUGUGACUCGGACAAGCGAUUCCUUCUGCUCUUCUCUUUCCUGAAGCGGAACCUCAAGAAGAAGAUCAUUGUGUUCUUCUCCAGUUGCAACUGCGUCAAGUACCAUGCCGAGUUGCUCAACUAUAUCGACCUACCCGUUCUCGACCUCCACGGAAAACAGAAGCAACAGAAACGAACCAACACCUUCUUUGAGUUCUGCAACGCGAAGCAGGGAACCUUGAUUUGCACCGAUGUUGCUGCCAGAGGUUUAGAUAUCCCCGCUGUCGACUGGAUCAUCCAGUUUGACCCUCCGGAUGACCCGCGUGACUACAUUCACCGCGUUGGUCGUACGGCACGAGGCACAAAUGGCAGGGGCCGCAGUUUGUUGUUCCUGCAGCCGUCAGAGGUCGGGUUCCUGAAGCAUCUCAAAGAUGCGCGCGUGCCGGUGGUCGAGUUUGAGUUUCCAGCGAAGAAAAUCAUCAACGUUCAGUCCCAGCUAGAGAAGCUGAUCUCCCAGAAUUACUAUCUCAAUAAGUCCGCCAAGGAAGGCUACCGUUCCUACCUGCAAGCCUACGCCUCCCACUCCCUCCGUUCCGUCUUUGACGUGCACAAGCUCGAUCUGGUCAAAGUGGCCAAGAGCUUUGGUUUCUCGACUCCGCCGCGGAUCGACAUCCAGCUCGGAUCGAGUCUGAGCCGGGACAAGAAGCAAGAGAAGAUGGGCCGGCGAGCAUACGGCAGCCAGCCUAAGUCGAAGGGAUUGAAGUUCAAGCGAAAGCGCGAGGACGACUAA